CGGCUCCAUCACGUUGAACAUUAAUCACGAUGACAGCGACUACGACAACGACGACGCAAGUGGAUGCCGUGUGCUUUGGCUCCGGCCGAUUCUUGCGCGCGGUGCUAGUUCCUGUGUGGCGCCACGUGAACUUGAACGUCGUGGUGCUGCAAACCCGGGGCGACGACUUUGUCAAGCAGUGUACGCUUGACAACCUUCAAUACGAAGUGGAUACCGUGGAGCGAGAUGGGUCCGUGUCCACUCAAGAGGUCCAACUGGCUGGCGUGGCGUCGUUGGGCGUGGCGGCGCAGAAAGCCGCGUUCUUUGGUCGCAUUCCCGAGCUGACACACCUUCGCUACGUUGGCGUUGGCGUAACGGAAGCGGGGAUUCACCCGAGUAGCCAAGCCAUGAAGGACUUGGCGGCGUUCUUGGUCGCGCUUGUCGAGUAUUUCCCAGACAAGUGCAUAUCCGUGAUCAACACGGACAACUUGGCGGCCAACGGCGACUUGAUUCGAUCCAUCGUGUUGGAGCUCGUUCCUCCGGCGCUCCAGCCCCUUGUGGCGUCCCACGUCACAUUUCACAACUCGAUGGUAGACAGGAUCACCGCCAGCCGGCCGUCGAACUCGAUGGUGCCGUACACCGAGCCAUUGCCGCCGAAAGCGCUGGUGAUUGAGGACUUGACCGGGCAACUGCCAUUGGCAUGGGGUAGCAUUCCUGGCGUCCAGCUUCGCACCCAGCCCAAUGCACUGACGCAAGACCACUUGCUUAAACUGGGCAUAGCCAAUGCUACGCAUACAGCCAUGGUGUACGCCCUCGCGCUGUCCAGACUUCCGACGACAGCUGCCGCGCCACCGGUGGUGUUUACUUACUUGGACGGUCUCGUGCAAAAAGAUCUGGCGCCUGGGUUGCUCACUCAUGGCCUUUCCUAUGGAGUGAUCCAAGAAGUGUACAAGGACUGGAUCCAUCGAUUGAAACACAAAUAUUUCGGCAUGGAUACGUUUUUUGUGGCGCAAAAUGCAUGGACAAAGUAUACCAUCCGCUUGUUGGCGACCAUCGCUCCCCAUGUCCAGGCAAAUCCUACGUACAUGCCAAGCAUAUACUUUACAUUUGCCACGGCUUGUCUGCUUCGCUUUUUGACCCCAAUAAGCCACGGCGGCGGUAUCGUCACAGCUCGCGGCAAACAAUUUCUCGGCCAAAUGGAUCAUGUACUUCGAUCGGGCAAUGGGCCAACCAAAUGGACAUAUGCCACAGGACUGAGCGCCGACGUCGCGACUGGCGCGUACGACUUUCGAGACGACGAGGCGGGUGAAGUGCCGAGUCUGCUGCGCGAGGCGUCUGCGUCCGGCUCGGUGGAAGCCACCACCAAUAUGAUGCGGACGCUGCUGCGUCGGUGGGGCGGGUACGACGACGCGGACGACCGAUGGCGCACGUUUGCUGCGAAUGUAGCAGCCAUGUAUCGUCGAUUCAUCACGGUCCCCCCUACGUCCGUGCUCGAUGUGCUGACGGAGCUCGUAGCCCAAUCCACUGAAGCCUUGAAGGAUGAACUUGCCAUAGCUGCAUACGUGGCAGACUCUGUGGCGUCCACGUGGGCCAUCGACGUGCACACGCAUUUGUUUCCGCCAUCCCAUGAUACACUCAUGCUGUGGGGAAUUGAUGCAUUGCUAACAUAUCAUUACUUGGUCGCGGAGUACUUGAUGACGGCCCCCGUCGCCCCCGAGACAUUUUUGGCUUGGCCUAAGACAAAGCAAGCCGAUGCCAUCUGGACGCAUCUGUUUGUCGACCGAUCGCCGCUGUCGGAGGCGUGUCAGGGCGUUGUGACAACGUUAAACUUACUCGGUCUGUCGGCACUGGUGAAGACGCGCGACUUGCCCGCUAUUCGAGCGUGGUUUGCAACCCAAGAACCCAAUGCGUACGUGGACUUGGUGUUUCGUCUGGCCAAAAUUCGCUAUGUGGUGAUGACCAACAUUCCGUUCGACCCACAAGAAGCCUCUUAUUGGACCAAUCAGACGCCAUACAACGCCAGGCAAUUCCGCACGGCGCUGCGGGUGGACCAGCUGCUGCUGGGCGACUGGGCAUCACUCGGACCUGCCCUGGACUUGCAACAUCUGCCGCACACGUUGGCUGGCGUGACGCAGUACUUGGAGUCGUGGGUGGACAUUCUCCGGCCGGAGUACUUCAUGGCGAGCGUGCCCGCGACGUUUGCGCUGCGCGAGUCGGCAGCGGCGGACCCUCUCGCUAUCCAACCCGACGGCGCCAUGCUGCUGCAGCAUGUGCUGCUUCCCCUCGCGCAGUCGCGGCGCCUUCCCGUGGCGUUGAAGUUUGGCGCUGUGAGGCAAUUGAACCCACGGUACUAGUUCCAUAUGGAGAAUAUAUAUAUUUUAUAUGAUUUUUAUAUAUGAUUUUUCGAAUUUUUUGGUGAAAUAUGUAGGUUGAGCAUUGCGGGAGACGGGGUGGCCGUGACGGACGUGUCGAUCCUCUCGCGACUGGCCAAACAAAACCCAAACGUCAAGUUUUUAGCCACCUACUUGUCCCGUGUCAACCAGCACGAAGUGACGGUGGUGGCCAACAAGUUUGCAAAUGUGCACAUUUACGGGUGCUGGUGGUAUUGCAACAAUCCGUCGAUCAUUGCCGAAAUGACUCGGCUGCGCCUGGAGAUUCUCGGCACGGGGUUCACCGCUCAGCACUCGGAUGCUCGCGUGCUGGACCAACUGCUCUAUAAAUGGCGGCACUUUCGAGGGGUGCUCACGGACGUGCUCGUGCCCCUGUACACGCAGCUCCAUCGAAAUGGAUGGCCAGUGACGGCUCUGGCUAUUGACCGCGACGUGGGGACGCUACUGGGCCACGGCUACGAAGAGUUUUUGCACAAACAGUUGUAGCUCAUACAAGCGAAUAUGGCUACGAUAGGGGCGACGACAGCAGCAAAUAGGCAGUUCAUGUAGGGUUAUUGUCUAAUUUGAACAAAUAUGCUUGUAA